AUGACUCAGGUUGAAGAAAAGCCAUUAAUUUGCAAUGUGACGUCAACCAGACGUGAAGAAUUUUUGGACAACUUCUCGUCAUUGGUCAAGGCUGUUACAGCAGCAGCUUUGUGGAGAAGAUUUUAUCAGAGUUUCUUGUUGAAAUACCCUGUAAAUAAAUCUUCUUGGAUUACAUCUGAAGAACGUCAGAAUGCAUUGCUGGGCUUGGUAGUAAAUAAUCAACGGUUAUAUUUUCAUGAAGAGAUUAAACAAUUAUCAAAGGGUGAAACCUUGUCAAAGUCUAGUUCUUUGAUAAAAUUGACACCAUUCCUUGAUAGAGAUGGUGCUUUGAGAGUCGGUGGCAGACUGAGUAAAUCUCUCAUGACAAGUGAAGAAAAAUAUCCGUUGAUACUGCCAAAAGAGUCGAAACUUACUGAGCUGGUAUUACAUGAGUGUCAUGCAAAUACUUUGCAUGGUGGUGCACAACUUAUGUUGGCCACCUUGAGGCAACAAUAUUGGAUUGUUGGAGGACGUUUACCAGUCAGAAGUUUCAUUAAUAAAUGUGUUGUUUGUGUGAGACAUCGAGCUGAAGCUGCACAACAGUUAAUGGGUCAACUACCAGCAUCAAGAGUAUUGAAAUCAAGGCCAUUUCUCCAUACAGGAGUUGAUUAUGCUGGUCCAUUUGAACUGAAAACAUGGUCAGGUAAAUGCAAGAGGUCAUACAAGGCCUACCUGGUUGUGUUUGUGUGUAUGGCUUCGUCAGCCGUUCAUCUCGAUUUAGCAACUGACUAUACAACUGAGGGUUUUUUAGCAGCAUUUAAGCGAUUUGUCAGUGACUGUGGCACUAAUUUUGUGGGUGCAGAUGCGGAGUUAAAACGCAUGUUUGAGGCAUCCUCAAAAGAAGUAAAAAAUCUGGCCAGUCUUCUAGCAAAAGAUGGUACAGAUUGGAGUUUUAUUCCACCUGGAUCACCACAUUUUGGUGGUAAAUGGGAAUCAGUUGUAAAGUCAGCCAAACAUCACAUCAAAAGAGUCAUAGGUGAUCAUAAACUCACCUACGAGCACUUCAGUACCUUUCUGACACAAGUUGAGUGUCUACUCAACUCUAGGCCAUUGUGUCCAAUGUCUGAGGAUCCUGAUGACCUCCAGGCAUUGACACCUGGUCACUUUCUCAUUGGGGAACCACUUAAUGCUGUGCCUGAGCCAUCAGUGUUAGAUGUUCCUGACAAUAGACUCAACAAGUGGCGAUUGUUGAGGAAGUUUAUGGAGUCAUUUUGGGACAGGUGGUCGAAGGAGUACUUGCAAAAGUACUUGGUCAGGUCAAAGUGGUUAAAGACAUCUCCAUGCAUUAAAGUGGGUACAAUGGCUUUGGUCAUUGAUGAGAGAUUGCUACCCGGUAAAUGGGCAUUGGAACGAGUAACUGAAGUGUUUCCUGGAGCUGACGGAUUAGUCAGGGCAGUCACUGUGAAAACACAAACUGCUGAGUAUCAGAGGCCAGUGGCUAAGUUAUGUGUUUUGCCAAUUGAGGUCACAGAUGAGGUUGACAAUUAA